CAAUCCUCAGGGGUUGUGGCUCGCUAACGGCCAGCUGUUAGCAGCCAUUUAGUUCAAUAACUUCUUCAAUAGUGAGCAUAGCGGAAACCUUUCUCUUCCCAUCUUUCAGCCUUCCACUCGGUCUGGGCUGUCACAAACGUGGCUUGUGUCUUUCCGGCCUUUUACAUCAGCUGGCUGUCCUUGUUCUUCCUUCUACUAGAUGCUCCAUCCCGAUCUUUGUCCAGCUUGUCCAGCCCGCAUUGAGUUCUUGCUCCACUCUCAUUUGAACCCGGAGUGCUGAGCCUUUUGUCAAGAGGCGUCGUCUUGAUGGCACACAAUUACGAAGUCGGCACGAGGGCCUGGCAGCCCGACCCGACGGAGGGAUGGAUUGCUUCCGAAGUUAAAGAGAAGUCGGUUGACGGGGACAAGGUUCAACUUGUGUUCUUGAUGGAAAAUGGGGAGUCAAAAACGGUGGAAACCACGCAGGCAGAGUUGCAGUUGGAUAACAACUCCCGCUUGCCUCCCUUAAUGAAUCCCGCCAUGCUAGAAGCUAGCGAAGAUCUUACGAAUCUUUCUCACUUGAAUGAGCCAGCUGUUUUGCAGGCGAUCAAACUUCGUUAUGCGCAGAAGGAAAUAUAUACAUACAGUGGAAUCGUCCUCAUCGCGACAAACCCUUUUGCCCGAGUUGACUCGCUUUAUGUACCCCAGAUGGUGCAAGUAUAUGCCGGGAAGCAUCGCGCAUCACAGGCGCCUCAUUUGUUCGCCAUCGCCGAAGAAGCAUUUGCUGACAUGUUACGAGAUGGAAAAAACCAAACGAUCGUUGUCUCCGGGGAAUCGGGUGCGGGGAAGACGGUCAGCGCCAAAUACAUCAUGCGGUAUUUCGCAACUCGCGAGUCCUCGGAUCAACCGGGCAAGUACACCACGAGCAGGGCGGAAGCAAUCAGCGAGACAGAAGAGCAAAUAUUGGCCACCAACCCGGUAAUGGAGGCUUUUGGGAACGCCAAAACCACGCGCAACGACAACUCGUCACGAUUUGGGAAAUAUAUCGAGAUCAUGUUCGACGACCGAACCAACAUCAUUGGUGCGAAAAUAAGAACAUAUCUCUUGGAGCGGUCACGACUAGUAUUCCAGCCGCUCAAAGAACGAAACUACCACGUCUUCUACCAGCUCGUCGCGGGUGCAACCGAUGAUGAAAAGCAAGAGCUUGGUCUAGGCUCGGUUGAGGACUUUGACUAUCUAAAUCAGGGCGGAACACCCACUAUUGACGGUGUAGAUGAUAAGACGGAAUUCAAUGCAACCAGAAAAUCCCUUAGCACCAUCGGUGUAUCGGACAAAACACAAUCUGAAAUCUUCCGCAUCUUGGCAGCUCUUUUGCACCUUGGCAAUGUUAAGAUAACCGCCACUAGGACUGAUUCCACCCUCUCGCCCUCGGAGCCUGGUCUUGUCAAAGCCUGUGAUCUGUUUGGGAUCGAUGCCAACGAAUUUGCCAAGUGGAUUGUUAAAAAACAGCUCAUCACAAGGGGCGAAAAAAUCACUUCGAAUUUGACUCAACAGCAGGCUACCGUUGUCAGAGAUUCAGUCGCCAAAUUCAUAUACUCGAGUCUUUUUGACUGGCUUGUCGACAAAAUCAACCGUGGCCUGGCAACUGACCAGGUUAUGAGCCAAUUCAAGGCCUUCAUUGGGGUUCUGGACAUAUACGGCUUCGAGCAUUUUGCCAAAAAUUCCUUCGAACAAUUUUGCAUCAACUACGCCAAUGAAAAACUCCAGCAGGAGUUCAAUCAGCACGUCUUCAAGCUUGAGCAAGAAGAAUAUGUGCGAGAGCAAAUAGACUGGACCUUCAUUGAUUUCUCCGACAACCAGCCGUGCAUUGAUCUGAUUGAAGCGAAGCUGGGUAUCUUGUCUCUGUUGGACGAGGAGUCUCGGCUUCCAAUGGGCUCCGAUGAACAAUUCGUGACCAAGCUGCACCACAAUUUCGCCGCCGAUAAGCAAAAGUUUUAUAAGAAGCCUCGAUUCGGGAAAUCCGCCUUCACCAUCUGUCACUAUGCGGUUGAUGUAACUUACGAGUCCGACGGCUUCAUAGAGAAAAACAGGGAUACAGUCCCAGACGAGCACAUGGAAAUCUUGCGCAACUCCUCGAAUGAGUUCGUGAAGGAGAUUUUAGAUACGGCAGCCGCAGUCCGCGAGAAGGAUUCGGCUUCUAUCUCGUCCAAACCCGUGGCUGCCCCGGGCCGCAAAAUCGGCGUUGCUGUGAACCGCAAACCCACCCUUGGUGGGAUUUUCAAAUCGUCAUUGAUCGAGCUCAUGAACACGAUCAAUUCCACCGACGUGCAUUAUAUCCGCUGCAUCAAGCCGAACGAGGCAAAGGAAGCUUGGAAGUUCGAGGGGCCCAUGGUUCUAAGUCAAUUGAGGGCCUGUGGUGUUCUUGAGACGGUUCGGAUUAGCACCGCUGGCUAUCCAACUCGCUGGACUUACGAGGAAUUUGCUAUCCGUUACUACAUGCUUUGCCAUUCUUCACAAUGGACAUCAGAAAUACGGGAAAUGUGCCACGCCAUUCUUCAGAAAGCCCUUGGAGAUGGAAGCCACAAGAAACAGGAUAAAUAUCAACUUGGUUUGACCAAAAUAUUUUUCCGGGCUGGCAUGCUUGCAUUUCUUGAGAACCUGCGCACGUCGCGGUUGAAUGAAUGCGCGAUCAUGAUACAGAAGAACCUGCGGUGCAAAUAUUACCGACGUCGUUACCUCGAGGCUCGCGCUUCCAUCCUUACCACUCAGGCACUCAUCAGGGGCUUUCUGGCAAGACAACACGCAGCUGAAGUGCGCCAAGUCAAGGCUGCCACGACAAUUCAAAGAGUGUGGCGGGGACAGAAAGAAAGGAAGAGAUACAACCGUAUCCGUGAAAACUUCGUCCUAUUCCAGUCUGUUGCUAAAGGUUUCCUCUGUCGCCGGAACAUCAUGGACACGAUCCAUGGCAAUGCAGCAAAGGUCAUUCAGCGUUCUUUCCGUUCUUGGCGGCAACUGCGUGCGUGGCGGCAGUAUCGCCGAAAUGUGGUCAUUAUCCAGAGCCUCUGGAGAGGCAGAGAAGCAAGAACGGAAUACAAAAGGCUACGCGAGGAUGCCCGAGACUUGAAGCAGAUUUCCUACAAAUUGGAAAACAAGGUAGUGGAGCUGACACAGUAUCUUGAGUCCUUGAAGCGUGAGAACAGGUCGUUGAACUCGCAGUUGGAGAAUUACGAGACCCAGGUCAAGUCCUGGAGGAGUCGUCACAAUGCUUUGGAGAAUCGCACGCGAGAACUCCAGGCCGAGGCCAACCAGGCCGGCAUUACCGCAGCCCGGCUGACCGCCAUGGAAGAAGAAAUGAGCCUAUUACGACAGAACCAUCAUGAGGCACAAGCGACCAUCAAGCGUCUCCAGGAAGAAGAGAAGGUGUCACGCGAGUCGAUCCUUGCUGCAAACCAGGAACUGGAGGGACUCAGGCAUCUGAACAACGAGGCUGAGAGUGAAAAGGUGUCCCUUCGCCAGCAAGUUGCCGACCUGGAAGAACAAUUGGAACUUGCCAAGAGGACCAUGCCAGUGAAUGGGUUGAACGGGGAACAGCAGAACGGCGGGUCUGUUCAGCCUCCCGCCAGUGGCUUGAUCAACCUGGUUUCCUCCAAAAAACCGAAACCGAAGCGACGCAGUGCGGGUGCAGAAAAGAUCGAAACGGAUCGCUUUAGCGGUGCUUACAACCCAAGGCCUGUGUCUAUGGCCAUUCCAAGCACUCUCGCUCGUCAAAACUUCUCGAACACGACUUUCUCCCCAGGACUUGAUUCGGUUGAAGUUGAACUGGAGAAUUUGUUAUCCGAGGAAGAUGAACUUAACGAGGAGGUUACAAUGGGUCUGAUCCGCAACCUUAAGAUCCCACUCCCCAGUUCGACACCACCACCAACCGAGAAGGAGGUCUUGUUUCCAGCUUACCUUAUCAAUCUCGUUACCUCCGAGAUGUGGAACAACGGUUUUGUGAAAGAGUCCGAACGCUUCCUGGCCAAUGUCAUGCAGUCAAUUCAGCAGGAAGUCAUGCAGCACGACGGUGACGAUGCUGUCAAUCCAGGGGCGUUCUGGCUCUCUAAUGUGCACGAAAUGCUCUCGUUUGUGUUCUUGGCCGAGGAUUGGUAUGAGGCCCAGAAGACCGACAACUACGAGUAUGAUCGCCUUUUGGAAAUCGUGAAGCACGACCUGGAAAGCCUGGAGUUCAACAUCUAUCAUACUUGGAUGAAAGUCCUGAAGAAGAAACUCUUCAAGAUGAUUGUCCCAGCCAUCAUCGAAUCCCAAUCCCUGCCGGGAUUCGUCACCAGUGAAACCAAUCGGUUCUUAGGGAAACUUCUUCCCUCUAACAAUAACCCCGCCUACAGCAUGGACAAUCUUCUCAGCCUCCUGAAUAACGUUUACAAGGCAAUGAAAGCAUUCUAUCUUGAAGAUUCCAUCAUAAUCCAAACCGUCACCGAGCUUCUUCGUCUUGUUGGGGUCACCGCGUUCAAUGAUCUUCUCAUGCGGAGAAAUUUCCUGUCUUGGAAGCGCGGCCUUCAGAUCAAUUACAACAUAACGCGCAUUGAGGAGUGGUGCAAGAGUCACGAUAUGCCUGAGGGGACACUGCAAUUAGAGCACUUGAUGCAAGCCACCAAACUUCUUCAGUUGAAGAAGGCAACGCUGAACGACAUCGAGAUUAUACAGGAUAUAUGCUGGAUGCUUUCGCCCAAUCAGAUCCAAAAACUUCUCAAUCAGUACCUUGUCGCAGAUUAUGAGCAACCGAUCAAUGGCGAGAUCAUGAAGGCAGUGGCCUCGCGUGUCACUGAAAAGAGCGAUGUCCUCUUGUUGACGCCCGUCGACAUGGAAGACAGCGGGCCUUAUGAAAUUGCUGAUCCGCGGGUUAUCACUGCCCUGGAGACUUAUACUCCUUCUUGGCUCCAAACACCGCGACUGAAGCGGCUUGCUGAAAUUGUGUCUGCCCAGGCCAUGGCACAGCAGGAGAGGCUUGAAAUGGCGGAGAACGGGAGCAUGGCGGCCGAGUAGUGCUCGCGGUAGACUACCGGCCCGGCCAUCAUUCUGUUCCCUAGGUCUUAUGGGUCAGAGUGGGGAUUCUUGGUCUUCUCUUUCAACGACUUGAUUUUUGCAAUUGGACGCACAUAUAUCAUUUGGUGACAUAUGCCGUGUUUUUUCGUUUUUGUCGUUAUUAUUAUGAUUAGAUUCCCGUUUGAAAUCUGGAUGUCGUCGAUGCAUAGACACGAAAGAUAGGUGAA